UCAAUUGCCUAGACACAAGAAAAAUUAAGCAAAGAGGAAAACGGAAGAAAAAGAAAUUACAGGAACGGGUUAAAAGAAAUUAGAGAAUUUGUUGUUGUUUUUUUAAAAUGAAAUAUAUGUGGGUUUUAAAGCAGCUAAAAGAUUGAGAAGGUCACACAGUUUGAACUCAGUCAAGCGCAUCGCUGUAAUAUUGUAGGAAGUUCACAAAGAAAGGACGCCGAAACGCACAGGAAGUCGAGUGCUCGUAAUAAUUUCUUUUAAAAGAAUUAACAGACAUUGUUUAUUUACAUUUUACAAAGAACGUUUUCAACACAACAGUUAAAAAAAACGUUUCAGAGAAGGUCGUAUAUAAACGCAUAUUAAAUUCGAGAAAAAAAAUAAUCAACGAAUAUAAAUUUACAAGAAAAAUAAAGAUUGAUAUAUAGAAGAUUGGUAUUGUUCAUUUGUUAUUUAUUGUAUUCUUUAAAAAAAAGAAAAGAUGAAGGAAUUUUCAGAAGAAGAGACGAAAUUCUUUGUGAAUGACGAAAUGCAGCGAUAUGUGGAAGAUAGAGUCAUUUCUUCCGGACCACGACGAUCGGUCCACUUGUGGGAAUUUUUACUGGAACUAUUAAUGGACGAAACAUACGUUUCGAUGAUACAGUGGACAGACGAAAUGAACGGAGAAUUCAAAUUAAAAAGCAGUGAAGACGUGGCGAGAAAAUGGGGACAGAGAAAACACAAGGAAGGGAUGAAUUACGAUAAACUAAGUCGAGCGUUGAGAUACUACUACAGCAAAAAUAUCAUUAAAAAGGUGAGCGGGCGAAGAUUUGUGUACAAAUUUGUUCCGUCACCAGAAAUGCAUGCUGCAGUAAAUGCUAUCAAAACGCAUUUAGUGCGAAAGGGGAAAAAACAUGUACCACCAGGUCCUUUUCCUCACUAUCAAGUUCAAAUGGAUUCAAUGUUGCCAACUUCACAGGACACAAAACCCUUAGUUUAUUACCCUAUUGUUAAAGCCGAAAGUGCUUCUCCCAAUUCUGCUUACUCGAAACCACAGCCUGUUAUUAAGUCCUGUCAUUCACCUGUGAGAUCUCGUAGCCCGCAUAGAUAUCCAGAAAGGGAGGAAAAAUACGUGGAGGAUAAGCAUAUUAUUUUGUCCAGUUCAUACCACCAUCACCAGGAGCUUUCUCGCAAAGCAAAAAUAUUUCAACUUGAGGAAGCUCGUCGGCUUGGCAGAACUGAUCAUUUUCGCCGCAGGCAUCAUUCGGAAAUAGAACAACGUCACAACGACCGACAUAUUGAUUAUUAUCGCUUGACUCCUCCUGGAGACCAUUAUCGCCGACAUGGAAGCCAUUCUGAUGAUAUUUAUCCAUUCCUUCAUAAACACCAUGAGCUAAAUGGCAGUCGCUAUCAUGACGCUCUUCCUCCUUUUGAAAGACGAUAUCAAGACGGAAAUGAAAACUCCCAAGAACGUGAAGACGAUGUUUUUGCGAAGGCAAAAGAAGCGCCUGCAAAUGACCGACUAACUGCGUUCAUAGCGUUGGGUUCUAUGAGACAUCACGAUCUAUCGCGGGAGAUAAAGCAAGAGUCAUGCGACAACCGUUCUGGGUAUUGCAGGGACUGUCCAUCUCCUCACCAGUGCUCACCAAGAGAUUUUAACAAAAUCAAAACAUCACCUUAUUACAGCCAACCUAUUGGUCAAGCCAAGUAUGACGACUACAUUAGCCAUCCAAGAGUUGCAUCACUACCACCUAAGGCGUACAUGUAUCAAAGGUUUUCUCCAAUGGUUGAUGUUUCCACCCAAACAUCUUGUGAAGUUGAAGAUAAAACCGGUAGUAAGUCUACAGAAACCAGUAGAGAACAAGACGCCAGCAGGUCUUGGAUGUACCUGAAUGGACGAAGUCCACUGAGUGAUAUAGAUGUUGGGGAAAUGCAUAAAUCAGCCAGUUCUCCUGCUUUUCUUAUAACAAGCGAGCAAUCCAGAGUUUCCCCCAAAGUCAUCAAUGGUAACAGUGUAAGAAGAAUAUCUCCACCAAGACCGACAAAAAAUGCGGAGCUACACGAUUCCACUCCACCACGAUGCACGUGUGGAUGUAUGGACCAGAUUGCAGAAAAUGCUACUGCUCCAUCUUCUAAUGGAACUGUGGUGGUGUACCCAAAAGAAAUUUUGUAACAAAUUUAUUGUUAUUUAUUGUCUGUAUAUAGUUAACAAGGCCCAAUACCUCUUUUGACUUAAAAGCUAAAAGAGACUCUUGGAUGAAGUUGUUUUAGUUGCAAAAAAUACUUAGAAAAUGCGAUAAUACGUUCACAAGUUCCAAAAAUGUUAUUAUUAAGUCAGUUUUUUUACUGAUCCCGAAUAAAAAAAUUCUUGUCUCUAGAGAACAGCUCAUGAACACAUAUUCUUUGCCCAUUAACCUUUGAGUUAUAUUUUAUGCACUUUUUUAAAAACAUAAUUUUCCUUAAUAUUUGGGAAUAUAUAAUGUAUAGUGUAAAAAAGAAAAGUUUUUAAUUAUUUAAAAUUAAUCGAGGUUAUUGUUAUUGUUUAUCAGGAUUUAAAUUUUUUUUGGCAAGAUUUCAAAGCAAAAGAAGAUAUUAGACACUUUAUUUAAGAAUGUAUUUGUUUGUUUUUUAGUAAAUAAAACAGUUAGAUGGAUAAUCUUAUGA